UGGUUAAUGAUUAGAAUGGCUCUGUACCAAACCAUCCAAAAAACAAACAGGGUAAAGGUUGUUUACUGUUCAAAUUUCACAAAGCAAAGUACUCUUUACAUUACUGACAGACCUACAGAAGACAGGAGAACGUGGCUGUUGUUUGUUAACGGAAAAAUCACAAUGGCGAGGAGCAUCCUCUUCUUGUGGAUGUGUCUUAUCUCUGUCCUCAUUUCUCCUGUUGUACGAGGAGAUCUGGAGCAGCAGACUGAAAACACUCUACAGCUUCACGAGAAAAACAACGACUUUGCUUUCCGUCUCUACAAAAGCAUCAUGGAACAGUCAGAAUCAGCAUCCAAGAACGUGUUCUUCUCCCCGCUGUCCGUCUCCGUGGCUCUGGCUGCCAUUUCUUUAGGCGCGGGUGGAGAGACCCAUCAGCAGCUCUUCAGCGGCCUCGGGUUCAACACCUCCACCUUCAGCAGUGAGGAGGUGCACCAAGCCUUCCUCAGCCUCUUACAGUCCCUCAACCAGAGGACUGAUGUGGAUCUGGAGGUGGGCACUGCUCUGUAUGUCCAGGACAUUUUUAAACCUCAUCCUGAGUUUCUGGAGAAGCUGAAGCGUUUCUAUCUGUCGGACGGCUUCUCGGUUGAUUUCAGCAAGAAGGCAGAGACCGCUGAGCAGAUGAACAAGUACAUCAGUGACAAGACACGAGGCAAAAUCAGCCAGUUUAUCCAAGAUCUGGAUCCCGACACGCUCAUGUACCUGCUCAGCUAUAUAUAUUUCAAGGGUAAAUGGUGCUCCCCUUUUGACCCCGAUGAAACCAGAGAGAGGGAUUUCCACGUGGACAAUAAAACUACUGUUCCAGUUCAAAUGAUGUACAUGGAAAAAUAUUUUGAUACCUGCCAUGAUAAAGUACUUUCUACGAAUGUUCUGUCUCUGAGCUACAACGACUCGUUAUCCAUGAUCCUGGCUCUCCCAGAGAACGAUCUCGCCGACCUGGAGAAAGCAGUAUCUCCACAACUCUUAACAAAAUGGCUGAGGGGGUUGAGUAAAAGGAUGUAUAAAAUCUAUGUCCCUAAAUUCUCUAUUAAAACAUCCUACUCUCUAAAAAACAACCUGAGUGGAAUGGGAAUGAAGGAUAUGUUUACAGAUAAAGCAAACUUCAGUGGAAUUUCAUCUAAAGAACAACUGCUCGUUUCUGAGGCCGUCCAACAAGCCAGUCUGGAUGUUGAUGAAACUGGAGCCACUGCUACUGCUGUGACUAGAAUGCGCCUGGUGCCCAAAGGGAUCACAGAAGUUUUGAACUUUAAUCGUCCCUUUAUGAUCUUUAUUAUUGACCAGAAAACGAAGAAUGUCCUCUUUAUGGGGAAAAUUGUCGAUCCAUCAAAACAAAUGAACUGACAGUGGAAAUUGUAUUAAAAAAAAAGAAAUUCUUGAAAACAUGUAAAAUAUCUGCAAACAUGUUUUAAAAAAAAUAAAAUAUCACUUCAACUGAG